AUGAAGACUCAGAGUCUUUCAACCCUUCUUGCGUUGGCUUCUAGCCUGCAAACCGCAACUGCCACUUUUGGAGGAUUUGGAGGAGGAAAGUCCUUCACCUGCCCAACCAACAGCGACAAUGAUUGUAAUCCUGAGCAAAAGGGUGGUUUCAACUGGAACCCAGUCCCAGUUGGUCCUAUCGACUCAUACGGAGGCAUCCAGUUCUCUGGCUGGAACUGCGCCAACUCUUUCGGCAGCAACAGCAAGCGUGACUUGACCAAGCGCACCUUCGCCAACUCCAAGUGCAUCACCGGUACCGCCCACUCGGAUAAGUCGAAGGCACCUUCGUUCUCCUGCGGCUCUUCUUCCAAGGGCAGCAAGCCGUUCUCUGUCGACCAAUUCCAUGUAUCUGUUGAAUUCGACUGCGACCUUGAGUUCCACUAUGGAAUGCCCGGUGGAUCCAGCUGCAAGCACAUCUCACCUUGCAAGAAGGGCGGAUCCGUGGUCAAGAACUCCCAAUGUGGUGGUGCAACCGCCGUAACUGUUGUCUAUCCUACCCAGACAGCCAAGUCACCUCCCCCAAAGAAGAGCUGCAGCAUCGGCAUCCACACCGUUAGCUUCCACUGCGGCUCAUCUACUACUCCUGUUGUUCGCCCAACAACCAAGCCAGGCAAGCCAUCUAAGACUCCUGGUGCGUCGACCACGUCAGUCGCAAAGCCAACCACCACUGCCGCAGCCUCCUCCUCCAAGCCUGUUGUUGAGACCAGCCCAGCUAAGGAGACCAGCCCUGCUGCACCAACAACCACACCUGUUCAGAUGACUACCUCUACCAUCUUCACCACCUCGGUUUCGACCAUCACCAGCUGUGCGCCAACUGUUACCAACUGCCCGGCUCACUCCACUGUCCUCACCACGGUGACCAUCCCUGUCUCCACCACUGUCUGCCCUGUUUCCAGCGAGACCUCCCCUCCAGCUGUUGGCUCAUCUUCCCCACCAGCUGCUGGAACUUCCGCUGCUCCCUCUGCUGGAACUUCCGCACCCCCAGCCGGCGAGUCUUCCGCUGCCCCAUCUGCUGGAUCUUCCGCACCCCCAGCCGGCCAGUCUUCCGCUGCUCCCUCUGCUGGAACUUCCGCACCCCCAGCCGGCGAGUCUUCCGCUGCCCCAUCUGCUGGCACCACCGCACCUCCUGCUGCUGAGUCUUCCGCUGCCCCGUCUGCUGGAACCACCGCACCCCCAGCUGCUGGGUCCUCAGAAGUCCCAUCUGGCGGAUCCCCAACUACCUCCCCAGCUCCAGAGGAUGUUACCACCACCGUUGUUGUUGUUGACACCACCACCGUCUGCCCGUUCACCUCCACCCACACCACUGCCGGAACUACUAGCAUUGAGACUGGCAUCACCACUUCAACAAUCCAGGUCACCGUGACAUCCACCGUCUGCAACAAGUGCACUGGCAAGCCAAAGCCAACCAAGGCACCAGUCACCACUGCUGGACCCAGCGGACCCGUCAACCCCGCUCCCUGCCCAGAGGUUCUCCCUUCGUGCAUGAACACAUGGAACUUCCUUGUCGGCUGCGCUGACAACACCGAUCACGCCUGCUACUGCCCAAGCGCCGAAUUCGUCAACAACGUCUUCGGAUGUCUCUCCUCUUAUGGUGCCAGUGACUCUGAGGUCGCCCAAGCCAAGUCGUUCUUCCAGGGUAUCUGCGCUCCUUAUAUCCCAUCCAACCCUGCUAUUGUCACCGGUGCCCCAACUGGCCCAGCUGUUCCAACCACCGCUGGCACCGCUGCCGGAGAGGCCCCAACCGCACCCCCAGCCAUCCCCCAGACCACCAUGACUGUCGUCACCACCAUCCAGGUUCCUUACACCAUCACCGAGGGUGAAUCAUCUGGAUCUAUCGUCCCCUCAUCUUCAGUUGAGAGCGUUCUCUCCACUACCCUUACUAUCCCUCAAGUUGUAUUCUCCACCGUCUCCACCGAGGGUCAGACUACACCUGUCCCAGAGCUUGUUGCUGGUACCCCAGCCGCUGUUGCAGCUGCUGCCACCAAUGCCCCAGUAGCACCAAAGACAACCAUUGCUACUGUCGCAGCACCAACCAACGGAACCCGCCCCACUGCCUCGCCCACUCUGCUUACCGCCAACAGCGGAUCCCAGACUGGCGUUGCCUUCGGCUCGGCGUUCGCAGCUGUCUUGUUAGCUGUCCUCGCCUUGUAA